AUGUACAUCUUCCUGGUUUUGGGUAUUCUCAGCAUCUUGGUAGGGGUGCUCUGGAUCAUUUUCAUGCCUGAGACCCCCAAUAAGGCCAAGUUUCUCACACACGAGGAGCAAGUCAUUGCCGUACAGCGUGUUGCGCAGAACAUGACUGGCAUCAAGGGGUAUGAAUGGAAGUACUACCAAAUGUGGCAUGCAGUGAUCGAUGUCAAGACUUGGCUGGUACUGGCAUUUGUUCUCUUCACUCAACUCCCUAAUGGCGGUCUCACAUCAUUCGGAAGCCUGGUUAUCUCAGGGUUUGGCUUCAACGCUUUCCGAACACUGCUCAUUGGCCUCCCUUCAUCCGUUGUUAGUGCGGGUAGCAUGAUUGUUUGGGGAGCCAUUUCAAUCAAGUACGGGAACCUCCGAACAUGGGGCAUGAUCAUACCUCUGCUGCCCGCGAUUGCAGGAAUCGCGGCUGUCUAUGCAACUAUGGAUACUGGGGCAAACAAGUAUGGGCGGGUAGUUGCAUACUGGCUGAUCAACUCAUACGCUGUAACAUGGCCGUUUGUCUUGACUAUUGUCGGUCAAAAUGUUGCAGGCCAUACCAAGCGGGCGUUUACUAACACGAUGCUCCUCAUGGUCUUCGCUGCAGGAAAUAUUGCUGGCCCAUUCUUUUUCCGCAGUCAAGACGCCCCAAAGCGCCGGGAUACCAAGUAUGGUAACAAUGAUGGGGUCGAGGAGAAGGUUGAUGGGAUGAGGCUUGGAAUGCACGACAAGACAGACUUGGAGAAUUUGGAUUUCAGAUAUGUUCUCUGA